AUGCAGCAGUUGCAUGCAAAAAAACAACUUUUAACAGCAAAAGAAAAACUUAAAUUAACCAAACUUAAAAUGACGGUAAAAGCCGUGCAAGUCUUGCAGAAAGAUUUAAUGUUUCUGGCCGUAGAAGAAAAUGUACAUUUUGACGAUAAAGUUGUGGAAAAUUACAUGAAAGGUCUUGAACAUGCAUAA